AUGAUUGAGAUUCUUCGCGACUCAGCGUUCGGCAAACUACUUCGUAUCAUCAGCGGUACAAAAGUCUUUCCAUACCCAGAAGAGGUGCAUGAAUUAGCUUGGCGGACAUACCUACAAACUUCCGCGGAGACCGAUCAACCUGAAUUAAGCACGACAACUAGCGAAAAUGAACUGCUUCACCCAUACGGACUAUACACAGUCGUUUCACAAGCUUCCCACCGGAGCCGACGAAGGCCCUCUCUGAAUAGUGCCUUGGCAGGUCCAUGGCGUGGGUCAAAAGAAAAAACACCUGUAAUAAUCGGCUGGGGAGGCCCGGAUGAUAGCGAGAAUCCUCAAAAUUGGAGUACCCGGAAGAAGAUCUUUGUCAGCUCACUUAUCUGGCUCCUCACAUUCUCUAUUUACAUUGGUUCCGCCAUAUACACACCUGGAAUACCAGGAGUAUCGAAGCAAUUCGGUGUGAGUAAAGAAGUUGCAUUACUGGGACUGACAUUAUUCGUACUCGGAUAUGGACUUGGGCCCAUGAUUUGGGCACCUUUGUCCGAGCUACCCGCUGUUGGAAGAAGUCCAGUGUAUGUUUUUACUCUGACAGUAUUCGUAUUCUUUCAGUUCGCUAUCAUCUACGCGAAGAAUUUGGGCAUGCUCUUGGCAUUUCGGUUCUUGACCGGCUUCUUUGGCUCACCUGUCCUUGCUACAGGUGCAGCUUCCAUGGCAGACAUCUGGGAUAUCAGGACCCGCGACUAUAUGAUUGCGAUCUGGGGCUGCUUUGCCAUUUCAGCCCCUGUACUUGGGCCUCUAGUGGGAGGAUUUGCAUUCUCCGCCAAAGGUUGGACAUGGACUAUUUGGGAACUACUUUGGAUAUCUGGCUUUGCUCUUGUGGUUCUUUUUAUCCUACUUCCGGAAACAUUUGCGGCUAAUAUCCUCAGUCGUCGUGCCCGACGAGUCCGCCGGAUCACGGGCGAUCAGAUGUAUGCAUCCGAGGCUGAGAUUGAGAUUGCCCAUGUCAAUCCCAGGGAUAUGCUUUUUGAAGCUCUCCUCCGCCCAUUUCAACUUUGCUUCUUCGAGCCCAUCGUAUUCUUGAUGAACCUCUACAUAGCUCUUAUCUACGGCAUUCUGUACAUCUGGUUCGAGGCUUUUCCCAUCGUCUUUGAAUUGAAACACGGCUUCAAUCCAGGGGAAAAUGGGCUGGCAUUCCUGGGUAUCCUGGUAGGGGCUGUUUGUAUCGCUAUUCCGGGAUACUUCUUUUGGAAAUUCCGCUGGCAAUCCAAGAACAUUGACGUGAACGGCUAUCUUUCUCCGGAAGAGCAUCUGCCUCCCGCGUGUUUCGGAGCGUUGUGCCUGCCCAUAUCGCUCUUCUGGUUUGGAUGGACUGGAAAUUUCGCUAGUAUCCACUGGAUUGUGCCGAUUAUUGCGUCGAUGCUUUUUUCUAUCGGAAGCUGCCUUAUCUUCAAUAGCAUCUUCUGCUACGAGGCAAGUGCUUAUCCAAAAUAUGCAGCCUCUGUUCUUGCCGGGAAUGAUUUCUUACGAUCUUCAUUUGGCGGUGCUUUCCCGCUUUUUGCAACCCAAAUGUUCCUCAACCUGGGGGUCGGUUGGGCCUGUACAUUGCUUGGGUGUUUGUCGUUGCUAUUCUUACCAUAUCCGUUUGUCCUGUACAAGUUUGGUAAGAAGAUUCGGAAUCAUAGCAGAUAUGCGCAGCAUGAUGACUAG